AUGCCCACCGUCGCAAACAUCGGCGACGCCCCCCACCACCACGGCGCCGCCCACCGCGACCACCGCGGCGGCGGCGCCGCCGGCCCCGGCCCCGCGGCUAUCGCGGCGCUCGAGGCGGCGGAGGCGGAGCGGCUGAGGCGCACUGAGGCGGAGCGCGAGGAGCGGGCGGCGGCGGCGGCGCUGCUGCCCAAGAUCAAGAAGCCGCGGAUGGAGGUGUCGCCGCGGCAGACGUUCAUCCUGGUCCGCUGGGCGCAGAAGCUGGCGGGGGCGUUCAUGGGGCUGGGCACGGCGGCGUUCCUGCUGCUCUACCAGUGGGUCAUCGAGCCGGCGCCCUACCACAGCAUGCGCACGCACGCGUGGGUGCGGCUCACACAGGGCGUCCUGCGCGGCGCCAUGCUCGGGUUCUACUCCAGCGCCUCUGACUUCACGCGGCGCCUGACCAGCGUGGCGGCCAACGGCAAGUUCAGCCGGCUGGACGCGGGGCCUGAGGAGGACUGGGAGGAGAGCAAGGAGGACUUCAGGGCCGUGGUGGAGCACAUCAAGCAGAGGUACGACGUGAAGUACGUGAUGUGCUGGCACGGCCUGCCCGCAUACUGGGGCGGCAUCAUGCCCGGCGCCCCCGCCCUCGAUGACGUCACCGGCGGCCGCAUCGUGUACCCCAAGCCGACAGAGGGCAUCGCGGAGAUCGAGCCCUCCCUCAUGUGGUCGCCCGCGGUGCUGGCAGGCGUGGGCAUCGCGGACCGCCCUGCCGCGCUGUACAGUGCUAUGCACGCCUACCUGGCUGGCUGCGGUGUUGACGGCGUGAAGGUCGACUGCCAGGCUGGCGUAGGCCUGGUUGGCAGCGUGCUGGGCGGCGGCCCCGCGGCGUCGCGCGAGUUCCAGGCGGCGCUGGAGGGCAGCGUGGCGCGCCACUUCCCCGGCAACCACUGCAUCAACUGCAUGUGUCACAGCACAGAGAACAUGUACAGGUUUGCCGACACAGCCGUGGCGCGCGUGAGCGACGACUUCUACCCCCGCGACGCGGCCAGCAGCACGCCCCACAUCGCGGCGUGCGCGUUCAACAGCGUCUACAUGGGCGCGCUGGUGCAGCCAGACUGGGACAUGUUCCAG